AUGCCUGUAGCUCCUUUUUAUGAGUCUGAAGGCCCUUUCCAGGCUCUCCCGUUAUUGAUGUAUCACACAGAAAUGUUUUGUCCAGUGACAACAUUAAUCUCUAUAUCUUGGCAAGAAGAGAUUCUAUUCUUCCCUCGUAAACCCAAACUCACAGGGCGGACUCUAACUCCUUCGCGCGUGUUCACUACCACGUCUCGCGCGGUGACACCUAUCCCUUCGAGCCCAUUUAUUUCCAAAGUCACCAAGGCUGUCUCAUUUUCGGCAGAGCAGAUCAGCCAGCUGUCAAUGGGUUCUUCCUUGUCAUCCAUAGCUCCCUAUGAAUACAAAAUCGCCAAACCAGAUGGUGAGGCAGGACAUCCUGGCCGUGGUGGAUACAACCUUGAAAAGGCCCUCAAGUGGGAUGCUGGCCGCUUCAAGGCAUUUAAGGUGAGACCUCAUUCAAUUAAUGAGGUCCCCUUGAAAUUGAUGACAUUAGGAGUGUACUCACACUUCAAUCCAAAAAAAUUGCGACACGAGCAAGAGCAAGAUAUGUUACAGACAUCUGUAACACCUACAGGAGCCCCAGCUCUGCCUAUGCCUGCCCCCACUCUGCUAGACUCCCCGCGCGGCGGUGCGCUGCCUGCGCCUAGAAAGACAGCGGUCUGGACCGCUAUGACCCUGCCCCUGGCGCUAUGA